AUGCUGUUGAAGAUUAAUAACGUCCUUUUAUUUUUAGAUCAUAAAAUUGGUUAUAUUCAUAGCGACAUUCGGAUUGGAAAUAUGAUUAUGUAUGAAAAUAUGAUAUAUAUCAUCGAUUAUAGUAGUGCUGUACAACCGAAAACUCCAAUUUAUUAUCAAGGUUGUUUAUCUACAGCAUCAAAUGGUAUACUAAAAAUGUUAGGAUCAAAUAUUGAAAAAAUAUCAUUGUAUUAUGCUGAUGAUGGAAUUUCAUUUUUAAAAUGUAUAUUAUUAUUAAAACCUUAUUUUCAACAUUAUACAUCAAUUAUUAAAAAAGCAAUUGAAGAUAAUAUGGCAUGGGAUAUUCUACCAACUUAUGAAUAUGCGAUGAAAUUAUUUAAGGAUAAAAAUGUUAUUAAAACACUUGCUUUUUUAGAAGAAAAUAGAGAAAUAUUAUCCAUUGAUGAUUUAAAUGAUAUAAUAAUACAUGCAUUAAAAAAUGAAAAAACAGAUGAUUAUCAUAUCGAUGAAUAUUUACAAAAAUUAAAGUUAUAA